AUGGCGUCUUCGUCAUCGGACAACGAGACCCGUAUGGAAGACGAUGCGGCUCACUCUUCUUUGGACGAGGGUCCUGCGAUGCCACACCUUUUGGGUUCCUGCGAUCCCUGUAUCUUCUUUGCUACUUCUGCUGGGUGCCACAGGGAUGCUUGUCCGUUCUGUCACAUUCACAAGCAGACCUUGGAAAUCAGCCCACAGAGGCCGGGAAAGCAGAUUCGCAUGCGCCUGAAGAAGACCAUGCUGAAUCUCUUACAAAGCCGGGAGAGUUCGCCGAACAUGGCUCACGACGACCUGCAACACUGGGCUCGCAAGGCUGCUUUUGCACGCAACCUUCUGAGAGGCUACCUGGAGGCACAGGCAGACGCUGAGGCUCAGAGGGCACCUGACGCAGAUGAAGUCCAUGGUCAGCCGGCAGCCAGCACUUUUGAAGGUUGCUCUGAGCUGGAGUCGUUCCUGAAGGGGCGGCCGCUAUCGCUCUAG